UAUAACAUAGUAUUACUAAAGCUUUUGUCAAAGACUGGGAUAAUACUACAAGCAGUUAUUGUUGAUUUUUAACUCAAUGUGUUAGAGUUGAUAUUCGAGAUUAUAUCAUAUUCGGUACCGAACCUAAUUUUUCAACUGUUUUUUGGAUCGAUGGAUAUGUGUUAUCACUUAUCAGUAAAAACGCCAGUGAAAUAAAUAGGUAGGAAGUAGAAACCAAUCAGACGUACGAAACUUACAUUCCAUAAUGUAUGUUAGUCGUUACUAAGUUUUAAAUUAUUAUUUUUUAAUAAAUCCAUUUUUUCUCUAAAUACAACAUACAAUAUUUAAGCGUAAAUAAGGAGUGUUUUUUAACGCAAUUAUUAAUUCUUAUGCGGUGACUUGAUCGCUUGCUGGGUUGGAAGAAGAAUUAUGUUUGUAAACAAAAUUGUCAAAGUUAAAUUUCCCGACCAAGACUUGGACGACUAUGUUCUCGAAAACUCUGUCCUCAAAAGUAAGCUACAGAGUAAAAUCGACGCCCUUUCUAUAAUGAGCAAAGAAUUAGAUAAAUGCUGUAUGGAACGAGAUAAAUACAAAAUUUUAGUUGAGCAAUUAAAAAGCAAGAAAGAUGUGAUGCAUGAUUUAGAUAUGCCUGACAGAUAUGCACCAACAAAUACUAUUAGUGGAGGAGAGAUACUAGCUAAAAUAAAAGAACACAAUAACAUAUUAAAGUUGGAGGUAGAAACAUUAAGGAGUAAAUUGGAUGAGGCUACAGGUGACAUUGUUGCAAUGAGAAAACAACUACAGAAGAAUAUGUUACCUGAAGUUACAAGUACCCACAAUAAAACAUCAUGUGAAGAAACAUAUUCAAUUUUAGAUUAUGAACAAUUAGUUCAGGAGCUUGAGAAAAUACAAAAAAAGUAUAAGCAAAUUCAAAUGGACUAUCGAGCUACCCUGGAUGAAAAAGAAGAAUUGGUGUCUGAUCGAGAUUAUUACAAAACCAAAGUGCAAAGAUUGAACCAACAAAUAAGCUUUCUCCUUACAAAUAGGAUAAAAAAAUCAUCGGAUGGUGAUGAUAACUCUCCCAAACCCAUUGUUGAUAUUGAUGCACUGGUUAUGGAAAAUAAAUACCUGAAUGAAAGGAUUGCUCAACUUCAGGUUGAAAAGGAAAUAGCUAAAAGGACGCUGACCAAAUAUAAAAGUUUGCUUGACGGUAGGAGUAAAAAUGACACAUUGAAUUUUAGGAAAGGAUUUGCUGAUGUUAUGACCCAGAAACAAGUUCGAGAAUAUCUUACUAUAAAUUCUAAACCUGGCCUUAAAAGAUCUUCAGUGACAGAAUUAAAAUCACUAUGUUUGGGCUUGUUUGAAGCAUUGAAUGAUAAAUCUAUAGCAUUGCAGCAUCAAAGGAAAACCAAUCAAAUUUUAGCAAAUCGAAUUUCAGAAUUAGAGAAAACAAUGGAAAGUUGGUGUAAUGGCCAAAAAUGUAUCCCUAUAUUUCCAUCACAAAUACUUAUGGAUGAAUUCUUCAAUGACUCUGUUUCAAUCAAGUCUGAAGAAUCUAGAGAGAAACCUGAAAAAGAGCAAAACAAUAUUAACAAAGGUAAUUAUUCUGAUAGUGAAGACAGCAAUAGCGCAAAAGAUGCCAUUCGCGAUAAUAGUAGUAGCGAAAGAAGUAUUUCUAAAAUUAUUCUUCCAGAAGAACUUGAACUUUUAGUAAAAGAGGCGCUUGCAGAAAUGAAAUCUGCAGACUGAAUAUAUCAACUUAUGAAAACAAUAUAGGCACACAAAAGUAUCUUAAUUAUCUUAUAGAUCUAUGUUGCAUAUUAUAAUUCAAAUGUAACUAAGUACCUAUUCCAUAUAGGUAAUAAAAUAAUUUCAAUUUCAUUCCAUCUAAGUUACUUUAAUUUAAAUAGAGCUUUAAUUUUUACCAAAGAAGUAUACUGCUUAUUUAUUAUAGUGUUUUAUUUUAAUUUUAUAUUAUCUAGUCAUUGUU